AUGCUUGCCAAACUACAUUUGAUCAAACUCUUUUUUUGGUAUAUAUUACGUGAUGAAGAAGCUAUUCGACGUCAAGGAUUUUUACCUCAACUCGAUCCAAGGUGUUUGAAUAAAGCAUUCGAAGAGAUGCACGCUGAAGGCUUUGCCGACGAUGGUCUCUUUCCGAAAAUCCGAGACUUCUUUCUUCCACUGACUAUCUCUGAACGUGAACUACACAAAGAACGUCCACAUAUGGAAAGACUUCGUCAGACUCGCUUGGCAAAACGUAAUCGAUUGCUUGAGGAUCUUGAACAAUAUCAAAACGCACUGAAAGAACGAGCAGAUGUCUAUUGGAGACAUGACGAUAUCGUGCUUGAUUUAGAGAAGCGUCUUGCAAAUGAAGAAACACAGUAUACACAGACUUCCACAAAGUUGAUUUCGAGCAAGAAAGGUGGUCGAGCACAACCGGAACAGGCACGAGAACUUCAUCAACUCCAUGAAAAAUCGAAAAUAACACAGACUCAACUUCGACAGCACCUCCAUGAAAUCAAGAAUCGAAAAAAGGAAGUUGGGAAAGUUGUCAACGAUUUGGAAACAAACAUUGAUGAGACAAAGGCACUUGUAACAGUAAUUGAAAAUGAACUGGCCGCAUCGAGUAAACAUGUUGACAAACGACUCAUUAAACCUCCUCGAGGUCUUAUUAUGUAUGGACCACCUGGUACCGGUAAAUCGGAUAUAAUGAGUAAAUUAUCGAAAAAAUUAGGAAUUUUAAUGGUGGGUCCACCGAUAGCAGCUGGUGAACUGAAUCGUCCGCUUGUCGGACAAACUGAAAGCAUAUUGAUUGCAUUGUGUUCACGUUGCUAUCGAGUACCCUAUGCAAUGUGUUGUAUAUCAAUCGAUGAAAUCGAUUCAUUAGCACCGAAACGUACGCAAGAUUCCAGUGAAGGCAAAGUUGAUAAGAUCUCCGUAUUGCUCUCACUGAUUGAGGGCAUUAAAGAUGUACCUAAUCUGAUGAUUUUAUGUGCCACAAAUCGUUUACAUAUGAUGGAUGAAGCAUUUUUGCGUCGUAUGUCCGGCAAAUUUUUCGUUGGUCGACCGUCAUCAGACGCUCGUCUUUGUAUACUCCGAAAAAUACCGGACUGGGCACUCGAACCAGAACUACUCGAUCGACUAGCGAUUGCCACCACGAAUUUUAGCGGAGCCGCAGUGAAUGCAUUGACUCGAAUGAUCACUGUCAAAUGCAUGACCAUUCAACGUACACAACCAGAUUAUCAACUAAAUGAAAUCGAAGUACUUAAAAUCGCCGAUUGUGCUGCUCAGCAGUAUCAAAUUUUGAUUGGCAGCGAAACAUUGCCUCGACUUCUUCUACGUAAUAAAUUUGUCAUUUCUCGAAAUCCUAUUUAUCAACUAUCACCACGUUAUAAAUAUACCGGUCGAAUCAUUGUCGAUUUGUUCAAUCGUAGCAUACGUAUUGAAAUAUGUGGACAAAAUGGUGUAAAUGUGAUCAAUGAAAAACUAGCGAUUGUUCAGCACAAACUCUAUCCAAAUGAGACCAGUGUUCAAGGUUUACUUGAACGAUUGACUGCUUAUGGCAAAGAUCGAAAUGUUCAACUACUUCAAUUGAUCGAUCUUCAUUUACUUGCCUCGCAAGGUGCCUAUGAUGAACGAAAAGUCUAUGAAACAUUGAAAGAUCGCUAUGAUGAAUUUACUGCCUAUGCACGCUCAAUGAUCGUCUAUGAUUUGGAUGCAUUGGUAGGAGUAAAUAGAUCCGAAUCAGAUUCGAAUAUGGGUCGUUCUAUUUCGUCGUCUGUACAUAAUCACAGCAUCUAUACGUAUGUUCUUGCCCGAUUCCGUGAUUUCGUCAUCGAAGAUAGUCAACAACAAACUGACAAUAUCGAACGAUGGUCUGUGGCAAUCAUCCGCGAACCAUUUCUUUUGCGUCAAUUCUGUGCCGAUGUUCAAUUUGCACGUACACGUCAAGAAGAGGAAGAAAUAGAAUUAGAACGUCGCAAAGCUGAAGAUCUACUCAUAUGUGUCAAAUGCAAAGAUUUCUAUAUAGAAAACGAGAACAGAAUGGGUAGUUGUACACAUCAUAAUGGUUUUCCGUAUGAUGUUGCAGCGUCCGAUCUGCGAAUUUAUACACCGAGUGAGAUGACAAAACUAUUAAAUAGAAUCGAAUCUGAUGCAAUCAAUAAUCCUGACGAACGUGACCGUUUAGAACGUCAAAAAACUAAAUUCAAAUGGAUCUGUUGUGAUGCGGUGUUCACAAGUGCUACUACGGGUGGUUGCAAGAAGGGCAAGCAUGGCUUCAGUUUUCAGACUAAUUCAGAGUUUUACAGACCAUUUGUUAAUUACAGUGUCGCUCAACUUGAUCAGGUUACUAUUCAACAGUGGGAAGAAGCAUGUCGUGCUAAUGAAGAAUACAAUGAAAAAUGGCUGUCUUUAUUACAUGAACGUCGAUCAUGA